CUUUACUCCACCAAAGUGCAUUUUUUAGUAAAGAAAAGACCAGACAACUAGAUUGAUCUAUUUGAGGCUGUUUACUUGUUUAACUUUUAUUGAGAACAUAAAAAUUCUGACAUGAAGAAUCUUUAAUCAAAAAUCUUUCACUGCAUCAACAUUUUCCCUGAACUCAACAACCUUAAAUAAUACAAUGUUACCAUUUUUCAUUAGACCAUCUUUAAUAAAAUGCUCUUUUACUCACAUCAAGCUAAAUAAAUAGUGUCUAGCUAGCUUGGGAUUUUGCAAAUUUGCUGUGUUUCCGACAUCUUUAAAUUUGGUGUUACAUAACUUACACUUGUCCCUUGACACAGUGGAAGCCAUAUUGCUUCCAUACAGUCGCUUUAAGUGAAGUCGGGCCGGACGGAUCUUGAUCUGGAAGAUAGAUGCACAUAACGUCUGCAUGACUGUACCAGCGGAGGGUGGUCUUACAGAAGCCCCGCCUCUAAAGUAACAAACUCUGUUUGAUCUGGAAUUUACUGAAGACACGACAAAGCUUGAAGGCCCCCACCAUAGGUACCCACGGAGAUCUCCGGACUGAAAUAUUUAUCUGGUUCGCUUGCCCAGACAGUGUGGUCCUAAUUGCAGCAUCAGAAAGCUCCACCUCUCCCUCUUGUCUGGCUUGGCUGCAGCAGAGAUGAAGCUCAUCUGGGAGCAGGAAGCCUCUGCAGAUCCGAGGACAUGCCUCAGCCGCUGGUGCUGCACGGGUUUUAGAGGAGUAGUGGAGCAGCAGCUGGAGGACGACGGAGGACAGGAGGAGGGAGGAAAAAGUUUUUUUUUUUUUUUUUUUUUUUUUUUCUGAAGGGGAGAGGUGAAGGAAGAGGCGAGACAGGAGAGUUGCAGAGUGGGACUACCCAACAGUGGGAGGUUCUUCCAUAGAGAUUCUUUGAGCUCCUCUCCAGUGGGAUCCAAACCCGGGAUCCAUCGCCAUGGAGCCCUCCAUGUCAACAGAGGUCGACGAAGAGCCCAAAGAGAGGAAGAAGAUCCAGUUCGCGGUUCCGGCCUCGGCGCCAACCAACCUGGACCCCCGGCAAGUGGAAAUGUGGGUUGUGGGAGAGAAUGGAGUCCUUAAACCAAAGCGUGUGAAUCCAAACGUCUAUCAGCCUCCAUCGCUCAGAGCUGUGCAGAAGAUGGCUGAAGCGCAAAUGCAGAAAUUAGGUGUCUACCCUUUGGAAGACUCUUUUGAAGGGGAGGAAGAUGAGGACCGCUGGCUGGGGGAGGAGGGGGAUCACCAAGAGACGGCGAGCACCGAACACUUUCCCAGUGUGAGAGAGACGGCCAAGGAGAUCCAAGCGGCGCAGGAGGAGGACGAGGAGAAGGAGGACGGCGAGGAGGAAACAAACAGGAAGGGGGACAAGCACGAGGAGAACAACCGGGAGUGCAACUGAGAGAGGAAAAUGUGUGAUGAAUAAAAUCUGAGGAACUCUGAAAAA